CAUCUGACAUUCCUUUACCAAAUAGGUGUUGCUGUUUAAAUAUACUUUUUCAAUCAUUUUUCUCCAUCCCCAAAUUCUAGAAGAAGAAAAUAAUAAUGGAAUCUCUUUUUGCUCAAUUCGCCAUUCUUUCGGAGCAAGCUCUUUGUGACAAGAACUUCGAUCCUUACACUAUAGAAGAUGAUCUGAUGAAGCUCUUUGAAGUGGAGGCUUACAAGGCUUGGGCAGCCAUGGAAUUGGAUCAACAAAAAGAAGUUGAAGAAGCUGAAAAUUUCAUGAAAGAAGCAGAGGAUCAUCUUAACACUGCUAUGGAAGAAGCCAUGGAUGAAUUUCGCCGAUUCGAAGAGGAGAUGAAUGAGAUGGCUAAAUCUGAGUAUGAUAGCCUUGUGAGUGUUGCCGAAAGAGCUAGAAAUAUGGGGAAAGCUAUGGAGAAAGUGGCUACAAUUGCUGCCAAAAAGUAUAUUGAAACUGCUGUAAACUCUGCUGGUGCUUCAACGAAAUCUGCUUUUAAAGCAAUUUCUUCUCACUCUAAAAAGGUUCAUCCUUCUUAACAGAUCUCUCCCUAAUCAUCAAUUUGGACUUCAUUUGCUGAAUUGUGUUGGAUUAUAAAUGCAUAAUAAGUAUUUAAAGUUGUUUUCUAUUGAGCUGAGCUGAGAGUCUUUCGAAAACAGCCUCUCUAACUACAUUCUACUGAGAUUUUAAUCGGCUAUGUUGUUGUUGUAUUCUAAUUACUAUAUAUUCUUCUGAUUCAAUAUUAUUACAUAGUAUAAAUUAUAA